CAAAGUUUAAACUCUUCUCCACUCUCUCCUUUCUUGUGCCCUGUUCUUCCAAUCUUCAUCUAUAUAUACACAAACCUCAACACCACCAUUACCACCACCACCAUCACCCUAAACUACUUCAAACCUCCAAAACUCACCCAUUCUUCCUCAAGAAAUGGUAUCCCAAGCCAUUGAGAGUCACCGGAAAGGUGCAGAGAUAGUAAAAGGUGAUGCCUCUUGCAAGAAGAAGGCCGCCGAAGUGCUCGGAGAGCUCGGUCUUCCGAAUGGUUUGUUUCCAUUGGAUGACAUUCAAGAGUUUGGUUACAACCGUGCAGGUGGAUUCAUUUGGCUUGUCCAGAAGAAGAGGAAGGAACACACAUUCAAGAAGAUCAAACAAGUUGUGUCUUAUGCCACUGAGGUGACUGCCUUUGUUGAGAAGGGAAAGAUGUUGAAGAUCAGCGGAGUGAAGACUAGAGAGCUUCUUCUUUGGCUGUCUGUUGUGGAGAUGUACAUUGAGGAUCCUUCUUCCGGGAAGAUCACCUUCAAGACUGGCACUGGUCUCUCUGAUAGCUUCCCUGUGUCUGCCUUUGAGCUUGAGUAGAGAGAUACAUUAAUUGGAGAUCUAUAUAGCUAGAGCCGGUGUUAUUUAUCUUCUUCGUGUGCAGUUUUUUCACUGUUUUAAUUUAUGGUUGUUCUGUAGCGAAUAUGCAUCACUGUUAUUUCUUAACAUAAAGAAUAAGAAUU